UUUUGUUGGUUUUCUUUUUUCCUCCACUGCAUUUUCCAUCAACCAUGUCUAUUCCUGAGGGCGAUUACGAGAAGGGUGCCAAGCUCUUCAAGACCCGUUGCGCUACCUGCCACACCGUCGAGGAGGGCUCCGGUAAGACCGGCCCCCACCUGCACGGCCUCUUCGGCCGCACCACCGGUGCUGUCAGCGGCUACAACUACUCUCAGGCCAACAAGAACGCUGGCGUCACCUGGGACGACCAGACCCUGUUCGACUACCUUGAGAACCCCAAGAAGUACAUGCCCGGCAACAAGAUGGCUUUCGCUGGCUUCAAGAAGGCCGACGACCGUGCCAACAUCAUUGCCUACCUCAAGGAGGCCACCAAGUAAAUGGAUCGCGUCUGCUGAUGCGCGCGCGCGCGCGCGCGCGUGCGCGUUGCCCGCCUAUGUCCGCGCCUGACCGCCGGGUGUAUGGUGCUGCUUCGUGUGCGCAAGCCCCCGUGCGUGCGCGCGUGUAUAUAUGUAUGUGCGUAUGUAUAUAAGUGUAUACAUGUAUGUGGCCCUCGUGCACCUAGAUCUGCCGGGCCGUCUGCCUUCUUUUCCCCCCGACAGAGAGCGGCCCCCGCCCUGCGGCCUUCGGCGGGGCCACAGAUGGGCAGGUAGGUGGGGGGGGGGCGACUCGUGGGCCUUCCCCUCUCCUCUCUCCUGUGUCUUUCCUCUGGGGUGCUCCCGCUGAGAUAGGGCGAGUCAGAAAAAUACACGCAUGCCUUUCCA